CCCCCCGCACCUCGCCGCCGGGUCCCGCGGCUCAGCGCGGGCAUCACAUUCACCCCUCCCACCCCGCUCCUCUUUUCGGACCCUCCAGGCGGCCUUCCCACAGGGAUUGUGGAACUUUAUCAAAUCGGUUUUUAAUAACACCUCGAAGACAAUAUCCAAUUCAACAGGCCCAAUAUUCCUUUCUGGGGGUACUUCCCACAGUGUCCUGGAAUGGUUAUCACAAGAAGACUGUGCUAUCUCCUCAUAAUUCCAAGAUGGUGUGCAGUCCAGUGACGGUGAGGAUUGCUCCUCCUGAUAGCAAAUUGACUCGUUCUCCAAUAACAGAGCAGUUACUCAGCUCAACACUGUCCUCACCAUCAAGUAAUGCUCCAGACCCAUGUGCAAAGGAGACUGUACUGAGUGCCCUCAAAGAGAGGAAGAAAAGAACAGUGGAGGAAGAAGAACAAAUAUUGACUGAUGGCCAGGAAAAUAAAAGAAGGCGCCAUGAUAGCAGUGGGAGUGGACAUUCAGCAUUUGAGCCCCUGGUGGCCAAUGGAGUCCCUGCUUCUUUUGUGCCUAAAACAAAAACUAGAACGAGGCAGCUAUGGAAGAGAAGUGGUCCAAGUUCAUCACCCUUUUCCAGCCCAGCCUCAUCCCGCUCCCAGACGCCAGAGAGGCCAGCAAAGAAAAUAAGAGAAGAGGAACUUUCCCAUCAUUCUAGUCCUUCAACUCCAUUAGUAACUGACAAGGAGUCCCAGGGAGAAAGGGUUGUAGAUACAACCACAUGGAAGAAACAGAACUUGAGGAAUUCCCCACCUACACCUGGCAGCUCUGGGCAGCGUAAACGGAAGAUUCAGCUGCUGCCCUCCAGGCGGGGGGACCAGCUGACCUUGCCUCCACCUCCCCAGCUUGGUUAUUCAAUUACUGCUGAGGACUUAGACUUGGAAAAGAAAGCUUCAUUACAAUGGUUCAACAAGGUCUUGGAAGAUAAGACUGAUGCUGCCUCAAGCUCAGUCACUGAGAACCCACCUACCACUCAGCCUUUUACUUUUACCCUGCCCACUGCUGGGACUGCUCCCUCUCCAGCCUCUCUCCCAGCCCCAAGCACUAAUCCACUGUUGGAGAGCUUGAAGAAGAUGCAGGAUUCCCCAGGCCUAACAUCCUUCCCAGAUGAUUCAGCUGGAGUGGCAACUCCUGUGGCCCAUUCGCCUCCGAAGACACCCAGCCUUCUGGGCCCUCUUGGCUCUUCACAGUCAGCACCCCUUCCAGGCACCUCCUCAGACUCCAAACCCACAGUAUCUUUCUUGGCGCUGUCCCCUACUUUUUCCAUACCAGUCACUGACACCACCAAGUCACCUCAGGCUGAGACGUCUGCCCCAUCCCAGGCCCUGUCUGCCCCAGCCCCCAGCCCCAAGCCAAGUCUUCUGUUUGGAAUGCUGAGCACUCCCCCUGCUAACCCUUCUGCCUCUGCAGCUCCUGCUGUGUCUUCAGCAUCUCCCAUGUUCAAGCCCAUUUUUGAGGCCCCACCUAAAAGCGAGAAUGAGGGCCCCUUGCCAUGUAGCCCUUCCAAGGUCACAACCACAGCAUCUUUUAGCUCUGCCAUUCCCACAACUACCAGCACCUCACCCAUCACUUUCAAGCCUAUUUUUGGCAGCAUGGGGCCACCUACAUCUGUGUCCUUGUCAACUCCCUUCUCCUUCAAUCAGACAACUACUGCAGCCACAACCACAAACGCCCCUCUCUUCACUGGCCAGGCCAGUGCCACCUCAACAGUGGCUUCUGCGACCACAGCCAGCACCUCUGCCGACUCAGCUUCAAAGCUUACUUUUGGCUUUGGUGUGAGAAAUGUGACCAGCACCAUGAACAGCAUGACUAGCACCACCACUUCCACCUCCCAGCCUUUUCUCUUUGGGAAUCCCCCUGCCGCUGGUGCCAGCUUUACCCCAGCCAUAGGCUCCAUAUUUCAGUUUGGCAAGCUUUCUGCCAUUCCUACUUCAACAACGACGACAACCACCACCACCUUUGGCCAGUCCCUACCCAGUGCCGUGCAGGCAGCCACCAACAACAGCACCGUUGGCUUUAGUGGUUUUGGCAGCACCCUUACAACCUCCGCCCCGGUCACGACCAGCCAGCCUACCCUGACAUUCAGUAGUUCUACCACCCCAACAUUCAACAUUCCCUUUGGCUCAAGUACCAAGGCCCCUCUCCCAUCAUAUCCGGGAGCCAACCCCCAGCCUUUUGGGGCCACUGAUGGGCAGCAACAGGGAGCUACCAAGCCAACCCUUGCCCCCAGCUUUGGCAACUCUUUCACUUUUGGAAACUCUGCAGCCCCAGCCCCAACUGCAACUCCAGCACCAACCCCAACCCAGCCAGCCUUUGGCAACACUGCGCAGUCAGCUUUUGGUGGUUUGAAACCCACAGCCUCCGCCUUUGGCACCCCUGCCAGCACCCAGCCAGCCUUUGGCAGCACCACAGCUGCCUUCUCCUUUGGUGCAGCCACCACGUCUGGCUUUGGAGCUACAACCCAGACCACCAGCAGCGGGACCAGUAGUUCAGUGUUUGGCAGCACAGCACCAUCGCCCUUCACAUUUGGGGGCUCAGCAGCCCCAGCUGGCAGUGGGGGUUUUGGGAUCAAUGUGGCUACCCCAGGCACAAGCUCUACCUCUGGAGCGUUCAACUUUGGAGGAGGACAGAGUGGGACCACUGGCAACACAGCCCCCUUUGGGGGAGGCUUGAGUCAGAACACAUUGGGCGCACCCAGCCAGAGCACACCCUUUGCCUUCAAUGUGGCCAGCACGCCUGAGAGCAAGCCUGUGUUUGGAGGCACCUCCACACCCACCUUUGGUCAGAACACCCCUGCCGCUGGAGUGGGCACAUCAGGAAGCAGCCUCUCCUUUGGGGCAUCCUCAACACCCACCCAAGGCUUUGUUGGCGUCGGACCUUUCGGAUCGGCGGCCCCUUCAUUUUCCAUUGGUGCAGGAUCCAAGACCCCAGGGGCUCGACAGCGACUGCAGGCCCGAAGGCAGCACCCCCGCAAGAAAUAGUGUUUGUCCCUUGCCUCCAUUCCACCCACCCCUUGCCCAAAUCUGGACCUUGGUACCUGCUAGGAAGAGCCUCUAACCCAUCUCGUUCCAUAAAGCAAACCUGGCUUCAGCCACCAGGGAGGUAGUAGCAGCCCUGGGGGCCAUUUCCCUCUGAGGAAGCGGAAGCCUCAGGCCUCUUGGUGGAGGGGGAGGUAGGAUGUGGCAGGGCAGAAGCCUGAUACCUUUACUUGAACAGUUCCACUGGUGAGGCUGGAGAGAACUAAAGAAACAUCUGUACAUACUGUCCAUUUACUUCCCUCACUUGUUUAGUAUAUAAGCUUAGGCAGCCUUCCUUCCCACCCUUUCCCCAGCGAGCCAUCUUGCUGGAGGGUAGACGGUAGAGCCCUGCCCACCUCUCUCUCUGGUAUGCAUUUAAUGGGAUUGGGGGAAAUGGAUUAUCCCUAAAGCUUUACCUUGCUUGGCUUGGCUAUAAAAAGUGGUUCUCUGGUCCCUUUAGGGGACUGUUUCCCCAUUUCUUGCUUUGUCCCUCAACUGGUUCCUUGCAGGAUCUAUUGCUUUUUAAAUGAUCUUGAAUCAAGCUUUGCCUUGAAGACCCCAGUGGAUGCUGCUCCUGCUAUUUCACUUUCUCUUGCCAAGUCUGAGUCAGUGUUUUGUCCCUAAUCCUAUGUGGCAGUUCAGCCCCUAAAAGCUUGGUGGCUCAAGACUGUUAGCCUGGCAGAUCCAGGGGUGAUUCCCUCACUCCAGGGAGGAAAGCUCUUGGAGCAGACAGGAUGCCCACCGCUGCUUUCAGCUGCCUCCUCACCCGCUAUCCCUGCUGGCCUCAUUGGGCACGUCUGCCUCUCUGGCACUGUAUGUUUAAAGCCUUGUCCUGUGUUACUUUGUCUGAUGCUCAUGUCUAUUUCUCUUUGAAUCGAGUUUGGAGGAAGAAUUGAAUUGUAUGAGUGGCGGCAUGUUGGUAGUGCCGGACUUAUCUGUUUCAAGUUUCUGGGACUUAGCUAAUUGAAUGUGGAAAGUAGCACCACUUUACGGCUACAAGUGCCAACUCCUGAAUUUUCAAAUGGUGUUUUGACUUUAAGGGCUGGCAGCCCAGGAGGAUAGGGCCAAGGGGAAGCAAAAACCUCGUCUCUUCCCUCUGCUGUUUCUCUCUCCAACCUACCUGACCUCACAGGAGGCUAGAACACCCCUAGUGUAUGUUAGAAAACCUAAGUUAAUGAGCCACACUUUCAAAUUCUUAGUCGCCACCCCCUCUCCCCUCAACCCUUCUUUUCUUUGUUUCAAAGCCACAUACCCCAGGCCUAAGAGCCUUGCUGCCAUGCCCAUCCUCUUUGGGAGAAGUAUGAAUGCGUGUGUCUAAAUUAAAAGAAAAAAUAUUUAAACAUUUUUUAACAAAAUAAAAAUUUAUUUUUGUAUUUAAGCUAAAUUGCCUUUUAAAUUCCUUCAAGCUUGGUUCAUUGAGGUGGUUAAGUAUAAAUGCUGUUGAUUAGGAAUUAGCUGUAUAGUUAAGUUAUGCCUGUGUGAAGAAGAGGCUCUAGUGCUGUCUCAGGCAGCUUUCCUGGGGUGACUAGAGCUCCUUCUGGACACAUUAUGUAAAAUGUAAUUCUUUUUUUUUUAUAAAUAAUGUGACGUAGAUGUAACUAGUCCCCCUCACUCUUUUGUGACUGAGGUUGAAAGUUUUGUGGCAGGGGACUGACUGCUCCCCCCCGCACCCCCCUUAGAAGAGCUCUGUUAAUACUUAACUGUCUGUGGAGCUGAGGAGGGAGCCUGAACCUCAAGUCUCAAAUACCUACUAGAAUUGGAGGGGUGUGGUGGGGCACAGGCCUAGAAAUCAAGCUUCUACCUAUACCUUAUGUAAGGUAGACGACCCUCUUAGUUUUAGUACUCUAAGCUAGUUUACCUCAGUUCCACAGGCAGGACAGUUGGUCCAGGAACCCCCUGAAGAGGGUAUCCUGGCACAGCCUGAGUGUGAGUGUGUGUGUGUAUGUGUACAUGUACGUGCACUGGACAGGAACGGGAGGCUGGGACUUUCCAUUACAAAUAGACUUAAUUCCUGUGAGUCUAGUUGGAAUUUUUAGUAUGAAUGUGAGAUUUUUCUCCUUGCUUAUGUCAUUAAGAAUAAAAAAAAACUGUGAUCUAUCGUA